CAAUGAACAAUCUGCAGUUUGGGGGUAGCCACCACAUACCUGCAACAGCUCUUGGCUGCUUCAUGCCAACUGAAGGCCAGCCCAAAGCCAGGCCUGGCUCCAGGGGCAAACUGCUCUCCCCUCGCCAACUACUUGCUGGAGACAGCUGAGGAUUCAAGCCUUUACACUCUCUCACCUUCACUCAUCUAUAUAAAGAAACACAAAGCACAGUGCAGAGCCCUUUGAAAUAGGGAAAAAAAAAAAAGAGUGAGAAGGAAAGAAGGAUGUGGUUAUUUAGUAAGAGUACUGGCAGAGCAUGGUCUUUAAGCAAAUGCUCUCGUGUUCUGUAGAACAACCUGGACUGAAGCAAUCCUGCUGAACUUCUUGCUAAGAUUCAGAAGCUGAAGCAAUCCUGGGGCUGCAGGCAAUUUCUUCAGGACACUCUUAGAGGGCAGAGGAAAUUCUCUUCAGAAGAGAAAACACGCUGCCUGUCUCUUAAGAAGGUGGAAGAGGAGUUGGGAAAUGGUAAAUCACUAAGCCUGGCUUCAGUAUUUGGACUGGAGUCACCCGCUGGAGAAUCUGUUGUGAGCACCCAGACGACAUCUCAGCAGGGAGAGAUGACCAACAUCAGUGGAGAAUGCAACUUUACAAGCAUCGACAGAUUAGCCGAGACCCUCCGGUUCGGGAUCUCCAUCCCCACCUUCAUUCUUGGCUUGGUUCUCAACACCCUGGCCCUCUCAGUAUUCUGCUGCUUUUGGAAGAAACAAACCAAAACCUCAGUCUAUAUGAUCAAUCUGGCACUUGCAGACGUUCUGCUGCUUCUCUCCCUCCCACUUAAGCUGCACUACUCUAUUGCAGAAGCACCCGGACUCCUAUGUGCCUUUAUACAGUCGCUGUACUUCGUCAAUACCUAUGGCAGUAUCUUCAUCAUUGUUUGCAUUACUGUUGACAGAUACAUCUGCUUAAAGCAUCCAUUUGAAGGUCGAGCUAACCAAUCCCCCAGGUGGGCAAUCUUGAUUUGCUGUUUCAUCUGGGCAGUAGCUUGGCUUUGCAGCAGCCCAAUAUAUGCGUUUCAAAAGAAAGAUUCUUUGAAAUGUUUUCACAACAUGUCAGAUGAGGCCUGGAGUGUCCCUCUCAUCGUUUCCGUGGAGAUCUUCGGAUUUCUGAUUCCACUCUCAGUGAUGGUUUUCUGCUCUGCACAAAACAUCUGGAUUCUUCUGAAUCAUAAAAACAGAGCCAAAGAGAAAGUAGAAGAUUCCUUACGAGUCAUUAUCAUCAACCUUGUUGUCUUUUUGGUAUGUUUCACACCUGUCCAUCUUGCCAUCUGCCUACAGUGCCUGGUAAGACAGCAGGUGAUAGUGGACUGCCGCCUGAAACAAACCAUCAGCCUCUUCAUCCAGGUGUCAAUGAUAUUAGCCAACCUCAACUGCUGCCUGGAUGCCAUCUUCUAUUACUUUGCUGCCAAAGAAUUCCGUGAGAAAACACACCUGAAAAAAAUUAUUCAGCGAUGCCCUGUCUUUAAGCCUUGUGCCACAUGACAGGGCCUUUUGCAGCAGAAUGCCUCUUCCUUGGCUGCCGCUUGCCCUGCAGGUGGAACACUGAUAGCAUUAUUCCCAACAUGGCAGUAAGGCCAGCUUGGCCAUUGCAGGAAGGGCACAGGAGGGAGAAGGACAAUAUUUUUCUCACGAAUGUGAACAUGUCUUCUUUUUUGAGAUCAAAGGGGAAGAAUAUGGGGAAAAAAGAACCAGCAUUAAGAAAAUAUCAGUGAUGCCAAAAGAAGCAUUAACCUUGAUGCAACCUAUUAAACCUGAAAGACUUGUCAGAAGAAAACUACCGAGGUCAGUGGAUUGCCAAUUAAAAUCAGCCUUUGCCAUCGCCACAGUGGUUUUGCUUUCACCAGUGUGAUCAGAAACGUGUUGCUUUGGGUCAGUCAAACCCAGAAAUAACUUCAACACCUUCUUGCUAACUUAAAAGGUAACUGAGAGAUAUAGGAAAGUAUCUGGCCAAAAGUCUGGCUCUGCUCUUUCUGGAAACCCUGCAGAAGGUCUCUGUUGAAGCUCAUUUACUCCAAAAUCUCGGCUGACCCUCCCAUAAGCAUUAUAAACCAUCACACACCAGCCAGGGCUGUUCCACAGAGGACCAGGCUGCCCAGUACAUGACAACAUCUCUUUCUACAACACCCCAUCUUGGGUAACAGCAACAAACAACUAACCUUUCUGAUAAUUGUGGCUCAGGAACCAGCAUGGUUUUAUCCUGCAACUUUAAAACAGCUUUUGCACAUUAAAAACAACCCCUUCAAAUACUGCAUUUAGUGAAAGGCUGUACAUACAAAGCGUAGGUAAUCAUUCUAAGAUAUAACAAGAUAGAUGUAUGAAAGUUUUCUGCCUGUCUUCUCAUUCUUUCUUGGGGAAGAAGAACGUAUGGAAGCAAGUAUAACAUCACAAGCAUGAUAUGCAGUUUGGGAGCACCUGUCUGAUAUACUCUAGGCUCCCAGAUGAAACACUGGAUCAGCUCUCUCAAACUCAUUCCUCAGAGGAGUCCUCCUGGCCUGGACUUUCCAUUUCACAAAAUGUCUCUGGAAGUGCCUUAAUCACUCCAUGCCAGCUCCUCUGGUAUGUCACUGCCCUUGGGCUGUUUGUACAUUCAGCCCUGAGUUGAAACUAAAGGCUUCCUUACUGCAAUGUAAGCCUUCUAUUCUUUGUACCAUUAUAUUGUUAUGGUUUAUGCUCUUACCCAGAAGCACCUUCGCAUCAAGAAAUCCAUUUCUGUGCCUUUAAAAAACAGCCACAAAAUUGCUUUAACUUGGUGGCAACCAGGUCUUUGUUCUGGGGCAGAUACUCCUUUUAUUUAAAACGGGAAAAGAAAUUGGCUUCUGUUUGAAGGAAAGAAAAAGAAGACACAGGGCUAGUUUUGAAAAUAGAAUUUCCAGCCCAUUGAUUUCUAAAUAAAUGACUGAUUGCACAAGUGGGCAGCUGUACAUGUCUCAUACUGGACCUAAUGUAAGAGUGCUUUACAGCUCAUUAAUACUAAAUGUUGCCACAGCUGAGUCGUGAGAGGAGCUCAGAGACAAACAGAGGCUUUUUCAUCACCUCUGCCAUUAUCUGCUGUUAUGCUGAAAGAGAAGUUUUACAAAACAGGAGGUCUGCAAAACAUUAUUUGCAACUGCCUCGAUCAUUCAGAAACCUGCAUCCUUUUCAGUAUGAGAUAGCCUUUCUUUCUUGUACUUUUUGCAUUACUUUGCAUAUGAAAUGUGUGUUUUGGAAAGAACAUGUUCUAGAAAAUAAACUGUAUGUGUGAAA